CGUGGUGAUGAGGGCGGGGUGUUUUCCACCGGCAUAGGGGCAUUUGGGUUGUGAAGUGGAGGCUCUUGAUUGGUGGAUGAAUUUUGUAUGUGUUUUAAUUGUUUAAUAUUUAUUUAUUUAUCAUAAAAACGUCACUAACCACUCCGCUCCCACUUCUCCCUUUUUUGCACCAUUCCACUUUUUAACGCGUGCUGACGUGACAACCAUAUAACGACACUCUUUCAUGCCCUCUGCAACUUAGAAUAUCUAAAAAUGGUACAAUUACUAUUUUUGUCAAAACUAAUCUGACCAAAACCAAAACAAUUAGAAAAGCUAUUAAAUACCACUAAAUUGCACAUGUACUGUGAGUGAGUCUAAUCCACAGGAAUUACUUCAAAUAUAAUGGCGAAAACGACAUAAGGUAUCAGGAAAAUUAAUAUAAUUUUAUUGCACGAGCAAGACGAGUUAAAAGCAUCAUCAUUUAUUAACUUUCAAGAAUUCGGUGAGUUAAUCAAUGUAUUUAACCCACAAAUUAAAUAAACGAGCAAACCCUUUUUACUCUCACCGCCUUCUUUCCAUUUUCACUCCUCUGUUUUCAUAAUAAACUUCAUUAAUUUAGCAGAGACUGAUGAUCAACCCACUCUGUUCUUGACUGUUGAAAUUUGAGGUGUUAAAAGAGUAAAAGUGACAACGAAAAGAGAGACAUGGUGGGCUCAGGUUCAACAACAGAUAGAAACAAAGAAGCAGUUGGAAUGUUGGCUCUUCAUGAAACUCUAAGAAACAUUUGUUUCAACUCUGAGUGGACUUACUCUGUUUUCUGGACCAUUCGUCCUCGCCCGCGAGUUAGAGGUGGUAAUGGGUGCAAAGUUGGAGAUGAUGUUGGUAGCUUGAUGUUGAUGUGGGAAGAUGGGUUUUGCAGAGAAAGAAUGAUGGAUUGUGUUGAAGAUAUGGAUGCAGGAGAAGAUCUUGUUAGAAAAGCCUUUAGCAAGAUGUCAAUUCAGUUGUAUAAUUAUGGAGAAGGACUGAUGGGGAAAGUAGCAUCUGAUAAGUGUCACAAAUGGGUGUUUAAAGAACCUACAGAAUGUGACCAGAGCAUAUCUAACUAUUGGCAGAGUUCUUUUGAUGCUCUUCCUACAGAAUGGAAUGAGCAGUUUGAUUCUGGCAUUCAGACUAUAGCUGUAAUACAAGCUGGCCAUGGACUCUUGCAGCUUGGUUCAUGCAAGAUUGUACCUGAAGACCUUCAUUUUGUGCUUAGAAUGAGGCAUACAUUUGAAUCACUUGGCUACCAAUCUGGCUUCUAUCUGUCCCAAUUAUUUGCAUCAACAUCCUCACCUUCUUCAUCUGGGAUUCAAUUAAAGCAACCAACGGUCCCGAUCCACCCGUCUCCGGCUUUCAACUGGGCCCCACUGAACCGACUACCAUCGCAAAGUUUCCAAAACCCUGCAAGACUUGGGUUCCAGCCUAAAGACGAGACACACAUGUUCCUCCAUCCUCACUCGUCCGAACCACAUAUGGGAAACAUUAUGGGCCAUGAUCAUGCUGAAAACGACAUCAAAUGGCCUAACGGGUUAACUUUCUUUAAUGCACUUACGGAAGGGCUCGGUGGCAAGCCCGAUGGCGGUCAGAACGCGAAUCAUGAAAAACACGAGGGUAUGUACACCGAUAUGGAAAAUUACUUGGAGUGAUCGAACGAUAGUGUGAUCAGUUUGUGACGAAUCCUAGGAAAAUAACUCUCUAGUAAUCUUGGUUUUGUUGUACUAUGUUGUAGUUGUUUCUUGAUAUGUAACAUGCUUAUGUUUAAAUUAGUGAACUUUAUGACAUAAAGACA